AUGUUCAAAUUCAAGAACAAGAAGACGAAGGACGAACAGCCCACGGACGUCGAGGCCCAGACAGCAGACCAGACUUCACCACAGGACAGCGAUGAUGGAUAUCCUCAGGGCCUUAUUCUGGCACUUAUCUUCCUCUCGCUCGUGCUAACGACAUUCUUGGUCGCAUUGGACGCGACUAUCAUUGCAACGGCGAUUCCAACGAUCACGGCACAAUUCCAGAGUCUCGACGAUGUCUCCUGGUAUAACACGGCCUUCCUGUUGACGCAGUGCGCUUUUCAACUUCCCUUCGGACGGUGCUACAGUCUGCUGAGCACCAAGUGGACGUUCCUGUCGACUAUCUUGAUCUUCGAAGUCGCAAGCAUCAUCUGCGGAGCUGCCCCCAAUUCUAUUGCUCUCAUCAUCGGACGAGCAAUAGCUGGUAUUGGGAGCGCCGGGAUCUUUGGCGGUGCAUUCAUUAUCAUCGCUGAGAGCACGCCUCUUUCGAAGCGGCCGCUUUACAAUGGUGUGAUUGGAGGUACAUUUGGUAUCGCCUCAGUCGUCGGCCCAUUGCUCGGCGGUGCCUUCACAACGAGCGUCACCUGGCGAUGGUGUUUCUACAUCAACCUCCCUCUAGGCGCAAUUGCAGCGGUCGUGGUCGUCUUCUGCCUCCCACCCGACAACAAGAAAGAUCCCGACCGCUUCAAGGACAACACAUGGCUACAGAUUGCGGCAAAAUUUGAUCCCCUCGGCAUCGCCAUCUUUGUGCCGUCGAUAAUUUGCUUGUUGCUUGCCCUGACUUGGGGUGGACAACAAUACUCCUGGAGCAACUGGCGCGUCAUCCUGGUCCUGGUCAUCUUCGGCGUCGGGAUCAUCGUAUGGGCCGUACAGCAAUGGUUCGCGGGAGACAACGCCAUCGUACCUAGGAAGAUCAUCUCGCAGAGGACCGUGGCCUGCGCUUCGCUGUACACCAUGUUCUCCAGCGCGGCUUUUGCUUUGAUCGUGUACUACCUUCCUCUGUGGUUCCAAGGCGUCAAAGGCGAGAACGCCCAAACCUCAGGAAUCCACCAACUCCCCCUAAUCAUCACCCUCGUCAUCUUCUCCAUAGCCGCCGGCGGAAUCGUCGUCGCAACAGGCUACUACGUCCCCUGGCUCUACGCCGGCACAAUCUGCACCUCCGUUGGCGCCGCCCUCUUCACCCUCCUGACCCCCACCUCCUCCACAGGCACCUGGAUCGGCUACGAAAUCCUCUUCGCCGCCGGAAUCGGCAUGUCCCUGGAACAAUGCAACAUCGCCGUGCAGACCGUGCUCCCCAACUCCCUCAUCCCCGCGGGGACCUCCCUCGCCGUCUUCGCGCGCAGUCUCGGCUCCGCCAUCACAGUCGGCAUCGCCCAGAACGUCUUCAUCCAACAGCUCGACUCCGGCCUCAUCUCCAGCUUACCGGAACUCGACCCCUCCGUGGUCACCGGCGUCCUGGGUGGCAGCGGGGCGACGGAUCUCAUCCGCAAUGUGCAGAGCGCGACGGGCGGGAACGAGACGAUUGUGCAGACGGUGUUGGAGGUGUAUAAUGAUGCCUUGACGGAUUCGUUUUAUGUGGCGGUGGCGUUGGCUUGUUUGACGCUUUUGCCGGCGUUGGGCGUGGAGUGGAAGACGGAGAUGGAGGAGAAGGAGAAGGCGAGGGCUGAGAAGGAGGGAGAGGGUGAUUUUGAGCAAGGUGGGCUGGAGAAGGGCGUGGUAGAGGACGGUGUGCCUGCCGGGGAUAAAGACCUUGAAGAGCCUAGAACGCCAGAUUCCAUCAAAGACCGCGAUAGCUGA